CAAUGCCCAUCGCCCAACACCCACACACUCACUCGCUAAUACUAUUAUUAAUAAAUACUUUCUCUCUCCCUUUCGCUGUUUCAAGCCAAGGCCUUUGCCGCGACCCAAAAAAUUCAUGGCCUGAGGCUGAAAUCAAAUGGAAACUCAGUCCAUUUCACUUACCAAAUUCUCACCUCUCAGUCGCCCCAUACGCCGACGACCACUCGUCGGACGUCUCAACUCUUUCAAAUGUAAACCUUUCUUUUUCUCUCCCCUCAUCAUCCGCCACAAAUCCCUUUUUCUUACUCUCAAUUCCCCCAAUCUCCGAAUCCGCUGCGUCGCUAAUCACGACGACCACCACCACCAUCAUCAUCAUGACUAUGAUCAUCACCACGAUCACCACGACCACCACCAUCAUCAUCAUGAUCACGGUAAGUUGAAUGGGCCCCAGAGAGCAGUGAUCGGGUUCGCUAAAGCCAUCCGAUGGGUGGACUUGGCAAAUUACUUGAGGGAGCACCUUCAGCUUUGCUGCUGCGCCACCGCACUGUUUAUUGCUGUUGCUGCUUGCCCUUACUUGCUCCCCAAACCAGCCGUCAAGCCUCUCCAAAAUUCCUUCCUUUUCCUAGCUUUCCCUCUCGUUGGGGUUUCAGCAGCACUUGAUGCAAUUACUGAUAUUGCCGGUGGAAAAGUUAAUAUUCAUGUGCUUAUGGCACUCGCGGCCUUUGCCUCUGUUUUCAUGGGGAAUGCCUUGGAAGGAGGCUUGCUUCUUGCAAUGUUCAAUUUGGCUCACAUUGCUGAAGAAUUUUUCACUGGCCGUUCCAUGGUGGAUGUGAAGGAGUUGAAGGAAAAUUAUCCAGAUUCUGCACUUAUAUUAGAUUUGGAUGAUAAUAAUUUGCCAGAUGUUUCUGAUUUGUCCUACAGAAGUGUUCCAGUGUAUGAUGUCGACGUUGGGUCCUACAUUUUGGUCGGCAUUGGUGAGGCUGUUCCUGUAGAUUGUGAAGUGUUUCAAGGUAGUGCUACUAUUACAAUUGAGCAUUUGACUGGUGAAAUCAAACCAUUCGAGGCAAAAGUUGGAGAUAGGAUUCCCGGUGGUGCAAGGAAUUUGGAUGGUAGAAUGAUUGUUAAGGUCAUAAAGACAUGGAAAGAAUCAACGCUUAGCAGGAUUGUGCAGUUAACUGAAGAAGCACAAUUGAAUAAACCUAAGCUUCAAAGGUGGUUGGAUGAAUUUGGUGAGCGUUACAGCAAGGUGGUUGUAGUUUUGUCAGUUACUAUCGCAGUCCUCGGGCCUUUUCUUUUUAAGUGGCCAUUCAUUAGCACUGCAGUUUGCAGAGGAUCAGUGUACAGAGCAUUGGGGCUUAUGGUGGCAGCAUCCCCAUGUGCCUUGGCAGUAGCUCCACUGGCUUAUGCUACUGCAGUUAGUUCCUGUGCAAGAAAGGGGAUAUUGCUUAAAGGUGGGCAAGUGCUAGAUGCUCUAGCUUCCUGUCACACUGUUGCAUUUGAUAAAACUGGGACAUUGACAACUGGAGGGCUGAUGUUUAAAGCAAUUGAGCCAAUUUAUGGACAUGUCAUCGGAAACAAGAAGGUAAAACUCUCUUCCUGUUGCAUUCCCAGCUGUGAAGUAGAAGCACUUGCAGUAGCAGCUGCCAUGGAGAAGGGUACUACUCAUCCUAUUGGAAGGGCGGUUGUAGACCAUAGCAUAGGGAAAGAUCUUCCUUCUGUUUCUGUUGAAAGUUUCGAGUAUUUUCCUGGCAGAGGUCUUAUUGCUUCUCUCAACAGUGCCAAGUCAGGAACUAGAGGAGGUAAAAUGUUGAAAGCAUCACUUGGUUCUGUAGAGUUUAUCACUUCACUUUGUGAAUCUGAAGAUGAAUCAAGGAAGAUUAGGGCAGCUGUUAAUGCUUCUUCUUAUGGAAGUGACUUUGUUCAUGCAGCUUUAUCUGUUAAUGAAAAGGUGACUUUGAUUCACCUCGAGGAUAGGCCUAGACCCGGGGUUUUAGAUGUUAUUUCUGAAUUGAGAGAUCAAGCAAAACUCCGAGUAAUGAUGUUAACAGGUGAUCACAAGUCAAGUGCCUGGAGAGUUGCUAAUGCUGUGGGCAUAAAUGAAGUCUAUUGCAGCCUAAAGCCAGAGGAUAAACUCAAUCAUGUGAAAAAGAUUUCGAGGGAUAUUGGGGGAGGUUUGAUCAUGGUAGGUGAAGGUAUCAAUGAUGCACCAGCUCUUGCUGCUGCAACUGUUGGAAUUGUAUUAGCUCAUCGUGCUAGUGCCACUGCUACAGCAGUUGCAGAUGUCCUUUUGCUGCAGGACAACCUUUCGGGUGUUCCAUUCAGUAUAGCCAAGGCUCGCCAAACAACUUCGCUGGUCAAGCAAAAUGUGGCCCUUGCCUUAACUUGUAUAAUCUUGGCCUCUCUUCCUUCAGUCUUGGGGUUUCUUCCUCUGUGGUUAACGGUUCUCCUGCACGAAGGUGGUACUCUUCUUGUUUGCCUCAAUUCUAUCCGUGCUCUAAAUGACCCCUCUUGGUCCUGGGCGCAGGAUCUAUUGCUUUUGAUCGGUAAACUCAAAUCAAAACUCGCAUUAUUGAGACAUAACAGCACUACUUCAGGUUCGACCCAGACCGUACCUUUGUAAACUAACGCUUAGCUUAGAUUUUGAGAAAAUUGUUUCCUAUUUAUUUUUAUAGUUGAGAGUGCUUAUUCUCAUAUUGUUGUCCAUAAAAAGGAACCCAAAAAUUGUAAAAAGUUGAUGCAUUAAUCAAAUAAAAAGGUUUAUUUAAGGCUCUGCACAGCAUUUAGAACUUUGACUCCUAAGUUGUUUCAACCAGCUCUUCCCGUUGAAUUAUUGCCUUAACGCGAUUUCCAUGUAUUACUGAGAAUGAAUGAUCUGUUCUUUUCCACGUUCCUCUUGUUUAAAUUUGUUUCAAAUUCUGAAGAACUUCCAAAAGCUAGUUAAUCCUGAAUCUUUAAAGUACCCUGCCCCAUGUUUUUUCUUUUUCCCAAUUUGCUAUCAACUUUCCUACUCAACACCCAUACCCAUGCAGAAACUUCAGUUUUUCUCUUAAAUGCAAGUAUUGAAUUAUGAAUCUUAAGUUUUAAGUGUGAUUGUAUAAAGUAACCGAAUUAUACUCUGAAGUUUUUAUGUAACUUACAUCCAGUUUUCACCUAACCGAUAACUUGAGAGUUUUAUUCUUAUAAGCCUUACUGAUUUUGAUCAAAAGGCUUUUCUAAGGCACCUCAUUGUGGGAAACUAUUCUGUUAGGUUUGCUUUUCCAAGUGCUCACUGAACCCUGGAAAUUUUUUCCCCUAUAACUUGUAAUUAUAGAUUAUAGAUAAAUUUUAUUUUAUUUUUCUGAGAUGAGGUUUAUUCAGUGGCCUUGUAAGUUGACUUGGAGAGGCCUUCUAUUGUAUGUACAUACUGGGCAUAUAUUAUAUAUGCAUAAUUGGUUCACCAAUGAUUAUUGAUUAUAUGCUAUAGUAAUUCAUAUCAUUGUUACCUAAAAAA